UGACCGCUUAGCACACAGGCAACCCAGACUCCCUGCUUCAUUCCCUCCUGCAAUUCUCCAGAUGCCGGAGCCGAGCGACUCUGUAACAGUAGGGAAUGUCAGGAGAAUCUGGUCCUCAAGUCUUUGAUUAAAAAUUAACCUCUGACCCUGUUUAGCGCUCGCAGGUAAUAAGCUCGCUGUGACAAAGAGAGAGAGUUUGUUCAAUUACAAAGUUGAUUGAAACAUAAAGAAGGAAAUGCCUCUCUGUCGAGGAAGACAUAACGGGACUAAUGUUCGGAAUUGCGCGUGCAGUAUCGGAGGAUGCACGCAAAGACUAGAGGCUGAGGUAAGGAUUGACUGUCUCGGUCAGUGAGAUCUCUUAUCUUGGAGAUGAGAGGUGGGAGAGGGAGAUGAAUGAAGCUCGGCAAAGACUCUGCAAGCUUGCAAUGCACGAGCGUGGCACGACCUGUCCCUCGAUAUAUCUCUCUGUGUAAGCACGGGCUGCUUCACUGCAUGCAUGUUUGACUUGGAAUGUGGGGAAUAUUUCUGUAUGCGUGCGUUGUGCAAGUGUGUAUGGGAUGUGUGUGUGUGUGUGAGUGUGUGUGUGUGCACACGACCGUGCAUGCGUGAGUGGUGGUGUGGGGCAAUGAGCAUGGUGCCGAGCACUGGCCAGGUCUGUGACUACCAGCCACCAUUUCCUGUGUGUCAGGCGCAGUGUUGCCAGCGCCAGCAGCCCGCUGGCCAUUGUGAGGCAGUGCCGCGUAUGACGGGGGAGGGGAUGGUCUCCCCCCCUCUCUAGCCAGCCAGAGCAUGGCGCGGGUUCCCUCAAUGAUGUAUUCAACAGUAAUCGCCAGAUUAGCACAGAAUUCCAUUUCGCACGCCUUAGCGCCAAAGAAAGAACCUACGCCCCGGCCACCCAUUCGCCUCGCCCUCUGCAUCGCUCGACAGGCAACAUCAAACGCAGCUGCGCUUUUGUAUUCCCCUCCGAUGUGGAGGAACCCGCAAAACUGCUGCAAGAGGGCAACCGGUUGUUCUGUAAAUUCACAGGUUUGCGCGCGUACACCAUCGCUGUGCAUGCUCCAAUAGUCACGUGACUUUCUUUCGUCUAAAUGUUUGGAUUUUAAUUUUUUUAAUGACCUUUCACCCCUCUUCGUUAUAGUUUAAUCACGAAGGAGGACUGUUGUUGAGAGUUGCUCAUAAAACCAUCGAGUGUACUUGCGCAUCAAGAGUGUCGAUGCACUGUUUUCCAGAAGCUAUACAACCGCUGCACUACUUCGCCGCGAAAAAGGAACCCUUAAUCACAUGACAUCCGCCAGCAAAGUUCGCGGCAGAGUUGCUGCCCGCUGUCCUCCACCAGCGCCAUCGCACCUGUUGCUUCACUCAAGGACACAUGUCAUCAUCGAUCAGGUGCAACAGGUGGGACACCAAAAGCCAUCGGUGGCGCAAUGAAGCGCGCAGAUCCCAUGCCAUCCGAUGCGGAAGUUGGAGGGAACACGACAUCGUCUGCCACUGAGUGACUGUGUUGUUCCUCCCUGUGUUGUUCCUCCCUGUGUUUCGCAGCUGAUUUCCAACGACCGGCAGCUGCAGUCCCGGAGAACACGCCUUGAGAAGAGUCGCCAUUGGCGGUCGCAGACACACUAACCACAGGUCUGUUCCCUGACUCGUCAUUUGGAUUCCGAAGCAUCCAGUUAGUGCAGUGCAUCCCAUAAUUCUUGUCAAAAGGAGGGAAAGGCGCGAAAAGCUCCAAACAGCGAGAAGGUUCGAUGUUUCCUGCAAACAUCAGUCUCUGUUCCAAGACAACUCUCGCCAUCGACCACUGUAUGUAACUGCGUGUUGCAUAAAGCUAGUAGAUGCUGAAAACAGUGCGAGGACUGAGCAUCUCACACAGGAAUAACAGGAUAUAGGUUAUUUCUGUACUAACAAUCGUCACAUGCGUGGACUAGGAUUUGAACGCGUGCUGUUGGUGUUCUGAGAGAUUGUGCGCUAAUCCACACUAAACACUCUUGUCAGGAAACAGUUUGCUGGACUGGGGGUCGUUACUGGGACAAGACUAGAAACUGCAUGUUUGGAAACAGUUCUGAGAAAUGAGAUUGGACCUGGCCAAUGGAGAUUACAGAAGCAGCCACGUUCGCUCGUCGAGAAAAAACGAGGACAAGUAUUUAGCGAGGGUAAAGUAUUCUGUCUUCUGUAGUCGUUACUGAGACUUUCUACUUAUAUUCUCACCAUGGAAACGUGUUGAAUAUUCUGAGUGAAAAGUAUUCUGCAGUGGCAACAGAUCACGUGAUCAAGUGGUAUUAUUGUGUUCCUGCCAGUUGGAUCCAUGUCUCGGAUGAAAGUGCAGCAAUUACUUUGUGUUCGGUGCUGAAGUCAGGAACUCAGGUAACACAAGGAUACUUUAGUGAUUCACGGAUGCUAAGUGAGAUGUGCUUACACACUUGAGAGACAUAUGGCCAAUGUUGCGGACAAUUUGGAGGCAUACUGAAGACAUCCAAGCCACUAGACGGCACAAGAUGUUGUUAGAGAUGACGAUCACAGGACAAUCUUCUAGUGCAGCAAUAUCUAGAAUUUCCUGUUAAAUACAAGCUACGUGACAUCUACAAUAGUCUUCAGCAUUGCCAAACAAUAAUUGUAAUAAAAGAUUGCAAGCACCGUCAGUCAGUCUCAGGCAUUGCAAAAAUGACGGUUAAUCGCGUGAAAAUUCUGUGGUCGUCGUCGUUGUUCGGCCAAAAUGUUGGCAGCCGUCUGCAUGGAAUCAUCUGGAGCUUCCUCUUUCUUCUGACCACGGUCCUUGUCAAACCCUGUUGUCCCAGGACACCAGUCGGUCUUCAUGCCUUCAUCCCCCACAACUUCGGAUUCAAGUCGGACUUUAAAUCCACGUACAUCCAGACGUUGCCACUGUACAAGCGAGAUUACCGCUACAGACGAGUGUUCGAGAGGUUCGAGCCCACACUCACGCACAGCUUCCUCAGGCGGGAUGAGCCCUCCGCCAUCCUGAGCGCCUACUGUCGCGAGGUGCUGGGCAAAGACACGGUGACGCUGCUGAACUUCAAUAACCCGGAAAUGUUUCGAGGACGAUCCAGAGCCAACUUCUACCUCUUGGAACUGGCCGAGAGUCUUGGGUUACCCGUCCUGUCGUGGGAUGCUGAGUUCACCGGAUCACCGAGGGAUCCAGAAGAAACAUUAGUACUACAGAUUGCUCCCACGAUCCAGCAUCAGGGACGAGCUAUUUUUAGCAUCCUGAUGCGCUACCAGUGGACGCAGUUCGCCAUAGUGACGUCACAGGCGCCGGGCUACAGGGAGUUCAUAGACACAAUGGAGACUCUGGCAGCACACAGCAGACAGGAAGCCAUGGUGACGAUCUCUGGAAACGGAAAGAAAGGAUUCACCGUCCUGCAGGAAGUCCUUACUCGGAACACGUCCAACACAGUGGCUUUGAAGUCAGACCUCAGCAAACUCCUGGGCACCGACAGCAGAAUUAUACUACUCCACUGCUCAAGCCAGGAUACUCUGAAUAUUCUGGAAAUGGCGGACACUCUGGGAUUGACUGGCAAAGAUUAUCUUUGGAUCUUGACCCAGUCAGCAAUUUCAAUGUCCAUAGGAGCGUCUCUCUCCAUCCCACUGGGAACUCUUGGAGUUACUUUCGACCACAAGGAGGAGGCCAUGAAAAAGGCCAUCAAGAAUGCAGUCAUGAUCUGGUUCUUGGCUCUCCUGACCUUGCCAGACUUCCAUUUGAGUCGAACCAGAGUACCUCCGCGAUAUCCGUGUCCCGCAGGGGCCUCCCUCCGCUUCGACAGCAACGGCACCCUGCAGCACACGGAGCUGCAAAUCAUCAACCUUCAGGGCAGCGACAACAGCACCAGCAGCCGGCAAUGGCGAGAGGUGGCCCGGCAAGUCGAGCAGUCCACCCUCAGGGAAACCAGUUCGCAGUUUCUUGCGGGUGGCUACCCUAGACGAGAGGCCGUAUGUCAUGUACGAGAAGCCGGACCCGGACAACAAAUGUACCGAGCAUGCGUUAGGUGCCGGGUCUACGAGCGAGACAGCAAGAAGAACAGGUUGUCAAACACCACCGUCCCAAUGUGCUGUAUAGGACUCAGUGUCGACUUGCUGCGGGUCUUCAGUCGCGAGCUGAACUUUGACUUCGAUUUCUUUGAGGUGGAAGAUGGAAUGUGGGGAGCCAUUAACAAGAGCACUGGUCAGUGGAACGGACUUAUAGACAUUCUACUCAGACGAGAAGCAGACAUGGUGGUGACAUCGUUAAAGAUCAACCCCGACAGAGCUCGAGCCGAGUUUUCCGUCCCGUACUUGGAGACUGGCAUAACGAUAGUUGUGUCCCUUCGUGAGGGAGCCAUUUCGCCUACAGCCUUUUUGGAGCCAUUCGAUAUUACAUCGUGGAUAUUGAUUCUCAUGUUGUGUAUUCAUACUGUGGCUCUGGGAGUUUAUCUCUUCGAAUGGCUCAGCCCAGACGGCCUCGAUAGGGGCGACAAAGCAGAAGCUUUGCUGUAUGUGAGACGAGCGGGAGCAUCAAGCCUCACUUUUGAUGUCUUUCUUUUGUUUUCUCUGUGUGUCUUUUCUUCUGGCUUUGCAGAGCCGUAUGACUACCCGUCCUGGUGUUUUAUUCUCGUCUUUAGCGUUCACGCUACUGGUGCAUCCAUUUUCAUUUUUGAGUGGCUGAGUCCGUACGGGCUGACGCGAGGGAAACCUCCCUUUCAAGAUCGCAGGUUCUCGCUAUUCCGGUCCUUCUGGCUGAUCUGGGCCAUGCUCUUUAGCGCCGCUGUAGAGACAGACACACAAGGCGUUUCUAGUCGGUUCCUGGCCAACAUCUGGGCACUUUUUGCUGUCGUCUUCCUGGCCAGCUACACCGCCAACCUCGCCGCCUUCAUGAUCACCAAAGAGGAGUUUUACGACCUUUCUGGUAUUCAGGACUGGAGGCUUCAAAAGCCGACCCAGAUGAAUCCACCUUUCAAGUAUGCCACGGUUCCCCAGGGCAGCACAGAGACCAACAUUCGCUACAAUCACCCAUCCAUGUACCACUACAUGCGUCCCUUCAACAAACCAUCCGUAGAGCUCGGCAUCGGUGCCGUCAAGAGCGGUGAGAUCCAGGCCUUCAUAUACGAUGCCACAGUGCUAGAGUACUACACCGGCAAGGACCCCGGGUGUCGCCUGCGCACAGUGGGCAACUGGUACGCCAUGACAGGCUAUGGGGUGGGAUUCCCACCCGGUGCAGACAAUACCUGGGUGGAGAGGAUUAACAAGGUCAUUUUCGAACUACAAAGAAAUGGUGAAAUGGAGAGGCUUCAGAAAUUCUGGCUCGCCGGGGCCUGCUACACCGAAAAGGAGAAGAAAGGCAUUUCGAACAAAACUCUUGGCAUCCUCAACUUUACAAGCGCCUUCAUCUUACUUGGGGGCGGUGUUCUGCUGAGUGUUGUGCUGCUGCUGGUGGAGCACAUCUACUACCGCUUUGGCCGCAAGUGCCUGAUGAAGAUGGACAGCGGCUGCUGCAGUUUUGUCAGUCUCAGUGUGGGUAAGUCGCUAGCCCAGGGGCACACGGAGGAGGCCAGGGCGAGACGGAAGCGAUGCCAGGACCGUCUGUGUGACACUCAAAUAUGGCGCCUGCGCCACGAGCUGGACCUGGCUUCACUCAAAAUUGAAAGUCUUCAGAACCAAAUCAACAGAGGACACGAAAGUGACAAAUCUUCACCUCACGAAGACAGAACGCAGCAGAAGGAGGACAGUUUGAACCGGAAGCAGCCUUGCUAUGACUUUUCCCAGCACAACGGGUCCGCGCGUCGUCACACUCUACAAGACGCCAGCGCCAUCACGAGCUCCGCUCCGCACCUCCUGGGACAGGAGAGCUCCGACACGAGGUCAGAGUGCGGCGAUGCCGUGGCCAGACUCCGCCGCUCGCCCAGCUACACGUCUGCCAUCGGCGACGACGUCUGUGGCGACGACCAGAAACUGUCUCAAAAGAGCCGUUACCAUGACGGCAAGAUUUACGUGGGUGUGAAGUGCACGAGUGAUAAAGACAGCAUAUUGUGACAGUUGCAUGCAACCUUCAUAUUCACUCGCUCGUGUGAACACUGUAACCAAGGGAUACCUUGGUCUAAGCUUGUGUGAGAAGCAACGGAUGGCACCGACUCUGAAAUUCAGAGAAAAAAAAAAUGUUUAACAACGACACUCCCGAUAAAAAGUUAUGAAAACAGCCAAAAAAAAAAAAAAAAAAAAACCAAACAAAAAACCAAACAAA